AUGUGAUUGUAAACAUAAAAUACUAAUACUAUUAUUACUUAUUAUUAAAUUACCUGUUUUAAUUUACUAUUUUAGAUUUUUUAGUCACUGAGCGGCCAACAGAUCAAAUUUAGCCAAUAUUUAGCCUUACUACUCUUAUUAAUUCUACUAGACGUACUAGAACAAAAUAUACGCUUUUGUAUUUAUAAUUGUUUAUCUUUUUUUCAUCAACUAUUCUCUAGUCAUGAAAUAUAACUAGUAAUGCUCGACAACCAACAUCUUUAUAACAUUUAAAAUGACACAAUUUUUAUUUGUGUUAACCAUUUUGGCGUUGAACUAUGUAUUUGGACAUUGCUCUCUGGGAGAUAGCUUCCCAUCUUACAGAAAUUGUGUUCUAGAAUGUUCACAGAAACGAUGUGACAAGGAUGGAAUAAGAUACAAGAGAAGCUGUUGUCUUGUAGUUUUAGAAGUUUUUAAAUGGAAAUGUUCAGAAAACUGCAAAUAUGAUUGCAUGUGGCCGAUGGUUGAAGGUUUGGUGGAACGUGAUUGGCCAGUUCCACAAUUUCAUGGAAAGUGGCCAUUUAAAAGACUACUUGGUCUUCAAGAACCUGCAUCCGUAGCAUUUUCUUUAUUAAAUUUAUUUACAAAUUUAAUAAUGUUCAACCGUUUCAAAGAGCAAAUUCGUUUCACUUUACCAUCAUGUAAUAUAUGGUCUCUGUACACAUUGGUAUCAGCCAAUUGUUGGUUUUGGUCAGCUGUAUUCCAUGGCCGAGACACUAUGUUUACUGAAUUAAUGGACUACAUUAGUGCUUAUGCUAUGGUUUUAUUCGCAUUUUAUACAAUUGGUCAUCGAAUUCUAUUGUACAGUAAUCAAAUUGUGAAGAAUACGUUUAUGAUUAUUUGUUCUCUUGCAUUUAUCUAUCAUUCGUUAUAUCUACUUACUACAGAGUACGAUUACAAGUACAACAUGACAACAAAUCUUCUAGUUGGUGCUGUAACUGGUACAGCCAUGUUAAUAUGGGCUGUGUUGAAUCGUCGCAGAAUGGGCCAUGGUAAAUAUUUGAUAUUUUAUGUACUUGGCAUGACUUUGGCAUCGUUACUAGAGUUAGCAGACUUUCCGCCACUUUUGUGGACAUUUGAUGCACAUUCACUCUGGCAUUUAGCAACAGCCCCGAACGCGUAUUUCAUGUACAAAUUUGCCAUUGAAGACUGUAAACAUCAGCGUCGAAUGUUACUGAAAUGACAGUUUCUUGCACUGGGGAUACCUCAGAUACAAGAUGAAUAAAACUUUAUUGAUGAAUUUAGUUUUCCUAACCUUAUAAUCUCUAACUAACAUGUUUAGAUUUAAAUACUUCCUGAAUAGAGCUCACCAUAAUAUUUAAAUGAGUUAGGUAUAGCGUAAUAAUUAGUUUUAUUACAGUUGUAAUAAAUACAAUUAUACGACUAUAUCCUCAUUUAAUUAAUUUUUGUUAUUUUUGUAUACAAAUUUUACCACAAUAUGUUAACCCAUCAAACUCGAUUUGUAGGUAUAAGCUAACCAUAAUAUACGUAAUAUAUUAUAUGUUAUGUCUAUUUAACUAUUGAUAAAUAUUUUACUCUUAUGUUUAUUGAGUCACUACAAUACUACAACUUACCAAAAAAUAACUACUACUUGUAUCCAAUACUACUUACUAGCUAUUACUAUACUUUUAUGAAUCUCACAAAAGUUACUCAGUUAUUGUGAUAAAAUGUUAACAAAUCUGUUAUAUAUAAUUACAUAGGUAUUUAAGUUUUCUUGUGCGUUUCAUUGCCAUGUGUAUACUUUCUUUAGCUUAUUUUUGUUAAUGAUUUCUUGCAUAAUAUUUAGUCAUUGUUUUUAUUUUGAUAUUAAUUAUCUGUUAACAUAUUUUAUACUAAAGAAUUAUUGGCUUCCAAUCCAUCUAUUUAUACUAUACCUAAGAUCAUUAUCUACUUUACUAGUCUAUUUAGAUUUUUAUUAUUACCUAAAUAUAAAAAUGUACUAUUUGUGAAAAAUAUAAAUAUUUUUUAUUAUAGAAAAUUAUGUUUUGUUUUUAAUUUAAUUAACAUAUUAAAAAAAUAUUACUAUGUAUUACUAUUUUUUUAUUGAUAUUAACUAUGUAUGUACAAAGAUAUGUGUGUUCUCUACCUAUGAUAUAAACAUUAAAAUAUCAAAAUUUAGUG